AUGCAUGGAAUCAAUCCAUGUUUUGAUCGAUGGUGUUCCGUUUCAGUCACGUCCUCGUUUGGUGAAUUGAUGGGGGUAGGUGGUAAUUUCUGGGAGCUGUUGAAGCCGUAUGGGCGUCGCGAGGGUUUUGAUUUCUUGAGGAACAAGCGAGUUGCUGUGGACCUUUCAUUCUGGAUUGUUCAGCAUGAGAAUGCCAUGAAGGCCACUCAUGUCAGAAAACCCCACCUUAGACUCACCUUUUUCCGCACCAUCAAUCUCUUCUCCAAGUUUGGGGCACUUCCUGUGUUCAUUGUUGAUGGGACUCCAUCUCCAUUGAAAUCACAGGCCAGGAUUGCGAGAUAUUUCCGGUCUUCUGGCAUUGAGUUGACUAGCUUGCCAGUGCCUGAAGAAGGUGUUUCAUCUGAGAGGAGCAGUCUCUUUUCAAGUCGUGUUCAAGAAUGUGUGGAACUAGUUAAACUACUUGGAAUGCCUGUACUAAAGGCUAAGGGAGAGGCCGAAGCACUCUGUGCUCAAUUAAAUAGUGAAGGUCAUGUAGAUGCUUGCAUCACAGCUGACAACACGAACAACAAACAGAGGAUGGGUCCAGUUGAUAUAAACAUUGGAUUAUACACUUUUAUUUCUACUGAGGAACCGUUUGAAUGCUACAACAUGUCAGAUAUUGAAGCUGGACUUGGAUUGAAGAGGAAACAUUUGAUAGCUAUCUCUCUUUUGGUUGGAAAUGAUCAUGAUAUGAAUGGUGUCCGAGGAAUUGGGGUUGAUAAUGCACUUCACUUUGUUAAAGCUUUUAAUGAAGAUGAUAUCUUGAAUAGAUUGCAGGAGAUAGGAAAAGGGGGAAAUACUUUACAAAUUCCCAUUUGCAUUAAAUUUGAAGACAACAUAGAUGUUGAUCGAAACUCCCCGGAUAAAAAACAAUCUCAUUGCUCUUUCUGUGGGCAUCCUGGCAGCAAGAAAGAUCAUAUGAAAUUUUCAUGUGAAUACUGUGUCAUAAAGGAUGAUGAAGGCUGCCAGAGAAAAUCAGAGGGUUUUAGAUGUGAUUGCUUCUCAUGUGUUGCGAAUAGGAAACAUAAGGAGCAAAAAAGACGGGAAAAUUGGCACUCAAAAAUUUGUCACAAAAUUGCAGAGGAGCCUAACUUUCCCAAAGAUGAAAUCAUUGACAUAUAUUUAUGUAAUGACAAUGGUUACUUUUCAGCAAGUGAUGGUCCUCAGAUCGAAUGGGGAAAACCCAAUAUUGAGAUGCUGAUUGAUUUUUUAAAAUUCCAUCAGCAUUGGGAACCAUCCUACAUUAGACGGACGAUGUUUCCUAUGAUGUCCACCAUCUUUCUGAGAGAUAUGUCUACACCUACCGUAGAAACUUUGUUAUUUGGGCAAUAUGAGUUUGAUUCGGUAGAACGUGUGAGGAUGAGAUAUGGAUAUCAGUUUUAUGUGGUCAAGUGGAAACGUGCAGGGGGGCACAUCGUCACUGGCAAAGAUCCACCGAAGGAAUCCAGUGUGCAACAAGAUGUCACAGAGCUUGAUGAAAUGGUGGAUCUACUAGACUACUGCGAUGUUCCUGAGAUUCGUGAAGAUGAUGGAAAUUUUCUGUUUACAGAUGAAAAUAUGGACCUCGUAGCAACUGCUUUUCCAGCACAAGUCCAAAGUUUUUUGCAGGAGCAGGAAAGGAAAAGAAAAAGGAAUUCAUCAUCAAGUUGCCAAGAAAAUGAAAAAUCAGCUUCACCAAACUCAAGAAGUACUCAGCUCAACAUUACAGAGUUCUUCCCAUCAACCAAAAUUAAACAUCGUCAAUCAAAACAAGGAGAAGAAUCAUCCAAGAAUGAUGAUAGUGAAGGCAGCAGGGAUUCAAAAAUGAAAAGAAAAAAGUCCAGUCCUGACAAGAUUCCAAAAUCUGUGAGGCGUCGCCUGUUGUUUGACUAG